UUGCCAGCUCUGGCAAACGAGUUGACGAUGUAAUGGCCAAUGUCCGAGGCAACUGGGAAUUCGGCGAAGGCGAAGAUCGCCUAGACCCUAUUCCCAGACGGAGGGGUGAACCAGGUUGCCGUGUAACUCCUUGUUUGUUGACCCUUCUUUUAUUCGGUUCCUUUUCCAAAUCUAAUCCUCUAUUUUUGCAGGCAAUAAGUUGAAGAAGGUUCUGACCUCGGCUGACGACACAGUCCUUGCGGAAAUUAAGACUGCACUAAAGUACUUUGGCUGUCCAAACGUACAGAAACAAGGUAGAGUCGCCCACAUUCUUCAGCAGUAUGAGCCUACCUAUACUACGUUCUCGGCCGCAGACAACAUUCUGAUCCCAACCGGCGAACAACACCAUACGGCUCUUGUCUUCCCUAGUUUCAAGUCUCUUAGGCAAAUUGGUCUUGAAACUCCUGAUUCGGAGCAAAACUUAGAGUCGGUGAUCGAGGUAGUCGCCAAAUCAAUCAGGGAGUUCGCUGCCGAGGCCGAAGAGGUCGACGAAGCCCAGAGGUGAGCAUUUGAGGCUGCCGGUCGUAACAAGCCUGACUCACCGUCCACUUCGGGUUGGGUAGAGUUUUCCUUCGGAGAUAUUUUUACAGACUUGGGGGAUCUACUCGGGGAUUUUUCUGAAGGCAUGGCUGGGGAAAAUCUCAUGCAGAUGGCGAGAAAGAGAAAUGCCGAGCGAAUGGCCGCUCGAAAAAAGGCGGAGGCCGCUCGUUCUGAGCUUGCCCCGGUUGAGUCUUUACAACCCAUUACUGAAGGGAAACGACUCAAGUUGUUGUGGAUGAGACGGAGAAGGAGGCCGAACAGUAGAUUACGGAAGAACGACUAGUUCCGAAAGAGCGGGGCGAAAAACGUAACGCCGAGGGAGACGUUGGCUCGGAGGAUAGCCCUGCUGGCAAACGGCCUCAUUUAGAGGAGUCCGAUGUCGUGUUUCCUUUUGUUGUUCAACCAAAGAUCAAAAACACGCCAAUCUUUGCUGACGCAUCCGCCAUGAAGGAUCUGGCUGUAGCGUUGAGCUUGGCCGCCUCAGUUUCACUAUCGGCUGACAAGGCCACCUUUCAAGAGGAGUCGGAUUUGGCGGCUAUAGCGUUCGCUGCCCAGUCGGCCCUUCUGGUAUGUGUACGAUUUUCACUUUUUUACUCGUUUGGUCUGGUUUGCAUAUGAUAUUCCUUGGUGUGAUGAUCCUAACCUGUUUUGAAGACGGUUGGAAGAAUAGCCGAACUAGGCCGCUGUCAGCAUGAUGCCAUUGAAAGAAUUGGCCGCUUGAAGUCUGAAGCUGAAGGUGAAAGGAGCAGGGCCGAAUUUGAGGCGAUGAUAGCCGCAAUGGAAAAUGCUCGAGCCGAAGCAGAAAAUGAGAGGGCUCAAACUGCUGACAAGCUUAGAUCCAAAGCCGAGGAUAGGGCGAACGCGAGCGAGGAAUCACUCGAGUUAGCCAAGGAGGCGCUUGCCAAGGCAGAGGCCAAGUUAAAGGAGUUGAAAGCGGCCAAGGAAAAAGCCAAAUCUGAAGUUUCUACGGCCCUUGAGGCUGGAAGGAGCGCCGCCUUCAAGGAAUAUGUAGACGAGAUCCCCAAAUUCGAGAAUCGGGGAUUCAAACAUAGGUGGCUCAAAGCUCUUGCUGCCGUUGGAGUUACAUUGGCCGUGCCAAUUCCAUACAAGCAAGUGGACGUUGAGCCAUUUGAGUCUGAUCCUGAGGAUUGAUCUGGGAGACAUUCUACUUUUAUUAAGUAUAUUCAAUUUCAAUUUCAAUGUACGUUUUUUAGUUUUCAUAUGUAAAAUGUCCACUGCCAGCGCCCAGUUUAUGGAUGAAAAUUUUAUAUGCUCUCAAAUUAUUUCUCGUAUUGUCUGCUGUAUGAGUGUAUAGUUAGGAGAAUCAGCAGUUAGAACCAAAUGUCAAGCUUGCGUGAGACGGCAGACUUAACAGCUGAUUGAAAUUAGGGAUCUGAUCUAAUCAUAAAUAGAAUGAAUUCAUGACUACUGUUCAGAUAAAUCGAUUCGUGGAACGGCUAGGGCGCUUGAGCCGUAUUGAUUGACUAAUUUGCCCUUGCCCCAGCUGGUUCAUGAACGCAGAACGUCGAGAUCUGACUUAAUCAUAAAUAGAAUAAAUUCAUUACUGUUUAGACAAAUCGAUUCAUGGAACAGCUAGGGCACUCAAGCCGUAUAGAUUGAUUAAUCUGCCCUAGCCCCAGCUGGUUCAUGAACGUAGAACGUCGAGAUCUGACUUAAUCAUAAAUAGAAUAAAUUUAUUACUGUUCAGGCAAAUCGAUUCAUGGAACGGCUGGGGCACUCAAGCCGUAUAGAUUGAUUAAUCUGCCCUUGCCCCAACUGGUUCAUGAACGUAGAACGGCGGUUGUCACGUAAUGAAUCUUGUACGGAAUAAUCGACGCGUGGAACGGUUGGGGCACUCGAGCUGUAUAGAUUGAUUAAUCUGCCCUUGGCGCUUCAAUAUUAAUGAGACAGCCUCGGAGAUGCUGCCCUUGUAGGGAAUAAAUAGGCGUGUACUUCGUGAACGAGGGUCCUAUUUAUGCGCUCAGUGAGCAUCUCAGUCCCGUUCUUUGAGGAAAGAUUAAACAAGUGUGAAUGUCAAAUAAGCUUUUCUUCAAUAGCAGAGGUGAAAGGAAGACACUAGCUGAGCUGGGAGGUGUUAUGAAUCGAAGCGGUGAACCCUUACGAACGGGCGGUAUGACUUUGAGGGAUCGGGUGAGACACCCAUCUCCUCGUCGUCGAAGUAGAUCGCCUAGGAGGGACAAUCAGUCACAACGUAAGUCUCCUCAGUCCCGUCCUGGAAGGGAAUCCGAUGCCACUCCUCGUCCAUUGAGUUUCGCGAUCUUCGUGGGUAAUAGACCAAUGACGGAGGCGGAUUCGAUCAUUCGAGAUCCAAAUGUGGCAGUCGAGUUUGCUCGACAAAUUUUUCCACCCGAAGUUCAGCAGUCGAUAGUAGGUCGACCGGACUUCGAAGUGUUUCGUGAAGGCGUUCAUGGGGCGGUGAGGGGACUGUACACGGCUUGUGAGAUUGGCAUGCGUCUCCGCGCCGUUCGCCGCGAUAUAGAACAGAGAGAUGAACGAAUUCAGAAGUUAGAAGCUCGUGCCGAGAAGGCCGAGCGUGAGCUAAGGAAAAUCAAGCCUGUCGGGGCCCAAUCAACGGGCCAACCCAACCCGGUUGUCGAAGAAAGGGUCAUUCAAAGGUUGAUUAGUGAUGCGAUCGCCGAUUGUAAUAUGGCUAGCAUGUUCGCGAUUGAGACUGCGAGAGGCGUGGCCUAUGAAAAAGGUUUCCAUAACGGCCAACUGGUUGGAAUUCAAAAGACCAAAGAGAAACUCGCUGAGGAAGUUUGCCGAUGUGAAAAUCGUGGCUUUAAGCACGGUUGGAUCAAGGCAUCUCAAGCCACGGAUGCUCUCCGAGCGUCGGGAAUUGAUUCGGCGCUGCCACUCUACCAACGUAAUCAUUUUCCCUUUUCCGCGUUUGAAGUCGAGGAGAGUGAGGAUGAGGGCGAGGUCGAAUAAAAAUACUAUGUAAUUGUGUAGUUAUUGCCUAAUUGAAUAAAUUGUCCUAUUUUAAAUGUUUUAUUGUAACCUGCAUUCGGCACACUCGUGUUUGCAUACAUUUUCAUUGUAUAAACAUUGUUCGGCCUAAGUUAAGUAGGCAUUUAAUACCGAACGGUUAUAUGCCGGCUUGUCAUGAGCAUUCUUGGUUAAAUGUCAUUCGUUUCACGCACGAUCAAUCCGCUGAUUAGGCUCUGAAUUUGGAGGCUUAAUCGGCCCAAAGGUGUCACGCUCCAAGGGCUUCGAAUCCAGAAACUGUCAGCCCAUCUAUAAUUGUCAUAAUUAGUCCAUUUUAACUCCAAAAAGCCAAAAAUUAGUAUAUGGAGCGGCUAUGGCCAAUAUCUACCGGCGUCCGUCUUUUGGGGUUCAGUAUUAAUGAAAUCGCCUCGGGGUCACCGCCAGGAUUAGAAAUAAAUUACCUCGGACUUUUUGCCCUAGUAAUUUCACUUAUUGUGUUCAGACUCGCUUUAAAACAACUUUGUUGCGUGGGGUCAAACGAAUGUGAAUUUUCUUCAUCAGCAGAAGGGAGGCUCGAACUUUGGCUGAGCUCAAUACUGCAAUGAAUCGCAGCAGAGAACCCACCUGUGCGAGAGGUGGGGCGUUCAAAGAACGGAAAAAACGUCAGCCUCCAGGUCGUCGAAGCAGAUCACCCCGAAGGAAGGAUGAGGUCGACGUAGCGUCGCGAUUGUUGAAUUUUACUGUUUUUGUGGGGAAUUCCUUUCUUGUCCUGGAUCUUGGCCUUGCCAUUGUCAAUGGUGUUAAGGCUCUCUACCUUGAGGGUGAUUGUCUCGCUGGUGUGAACAUUGUGGAUCCAAGCGCGGUCAGAUCAAAGCAUUUUAAGCUACGGACGCUCUCUGAGCAGUGGGCGUUGAUUCGGUGUUGUCGCUGUACCAACACGGCCACUUCCCCUCUUUUGCCUUCGAAGCUUGAGAAGGGUGAGAAUGAAGGCGACGCCGUAUGAAAAUAGAUAUUGUAAUGCUCGAACGCAGAUUCGUUUUUGUAAUUACUGUUUUAAUCGAAUAAAAUAUUUUAUUUUAAAAGUCUGUAUCUCAUUGUGAAUUUUUGUUAAGCAUCUUAUUUCGAGUGUUGGCACGCUUUGUUCUGUUCAUGCGGUUGCGUCGGCUCAAAUUACAUAUCCCUGCUUUGAUGUGAACCUGGAGGGCGCUUUGGUUUGCAGGCUUUAUCGGCCCAACGACGUCAUGCGCCGAGAGGGCUCUGAAUGCGGAGACCAAUCGUGAACCCACGAGGGGCGCUCCGAAUCCGGAGACUUAAUCGGCCCAGCGUUGUCAUGCGCCGAGGCGGCUCCGAAUCCGAAGACUUAAUUGGCCUAGCGACGUCAUUCGUAAAGGCAGCUCCGAAUUCGGAGAUUUUUUGGCUGAUCGUGAUAUCCACGAAGGGCGCUCUGAAUCCGGAGACUUUACCGACCCAACGACGUCAUGCGCCGAGGGGGCUCCGAAUCCGGAGACUUUUUGGCCAG